AAAUCCAUGCCCCUUGAAACUCAUUGGCUGAAUUGAAAUAUGACCUAGGGAAACAAUGUCAUCAUUACAUUGUUAUUCGUAUAAAAGCUGAUGGGUAGAGACAAGAUUUGAACUUGAAUCCAGAUUUCAAUAAUCUCGUAGACCAGGAUUUACAGUAUCUUCACCGUGGGAUGGCUUCCAAUAGCUGGAAAAGCAAAGUUCUUUUGAAUGUGCUUUCCUAUCUUGACUACAAGACAGGAAAAUUCAUCAUUGUAGGAAGCAAGAGAGUCGGCAGUUUGUACAGAGUUAUACAAUUAUCCAUCAUUGGAUACCUUGUUGGGUAUGUAUUCCUGAGCAAGAAGUCCUACCAGACCAAAGAGGAAUCUAUCCAGAGUGCUGUGAUGACCAAACUGAAGGGAGUGGCGGUCACCAACACAUCAGAGUCCGGACGGAUGGUGUGGGGACCUGUGGACUAUGUCAUUCCACCUCAGGGGGAAGCAGUUUUUUUCAUUGUUACCAAUUUUAUAGAGACCCCAAACCAGAAGUUGGGCAACUGUGCUGAGAGCCCCAAUGUGCCAGAUGGCCACUGUAAGGGAGAUGAAGACUGUGCAGAGGGAGAGUUGGUGGUAGCUGGCCAUGGAGUUAGGACAGGCCGCUGCUUGAGAGACAAUGGGAAAUCCAAUGGUACAUGUGAGAUAUAUAGCUGGUGCCCCGUUGAGAGAAGAUGCCAACCACAGGAUAGACAUAAACACAAGAAUAUGUUAAGAGAAGCUGAAAACUUCACCAUCUACAUAAAAAAUGUCAUCCGAUUUCCCAAAUUCAGUUUCUCAAAGGCCAACGUUCAGGACACGGCUGAUAAAUUCCAUCUGAAGAAAUGUCGCUACGAUGAGGCUCUUGAACCCUACUGCCCCAUAUUCCGUCUGGGAGACAUUGUUAACCAGACUGGACACAGCUUUCAGGACAUGGUUUUGAAGGGUGGUUUAAUUGGAAUUCUGAUUGGGUGGGAGUGUGACCUUGACAGAGAUCACUCAGAGUGCAAGCCACGGUACAACUUUACUCGCAUUGACGUUAAUGUGUCCAGAGAGUCCUCAGGAUUCAACUUCAGGCAUGCUCGCUAUUUUAAAACUGAGUCUGGAGAAAGCUACCGAACACAUUUCAAAGUGUUUGGUAUACGCAUCAACAUUAUGGUGCAUGGGAAGGCUGGAAAGUUCUGUAUCAUCCCCACCAUUAUCCAUAUAGGCUCAGGACUAGCUUGUAUUGGUGGUGGGGCCUGGUUCUGUGACUGGAUUCUUCUCUACCUGAUGAAAAAUAGGGAGUUCUAUAAGGACUGGAAGUUUGAAAAUGUGAAGAAUACUACAGAGGAUAUAAAACAAACCCCAGAAGAGCAGCAGCUCACUGACCCAUCGCCUGAGGAUUAACACCAUGGCAGCAGCUCUCUGACCUAUCACCUGAGGUUUAACACCAUGGCAGCAGCUCACUGACCUAUCACCUGAGGAUUAACACCAUGGCAGCAGCUCACUGACCCAUCGCCUGAGGUUUAACACCAUGGCAGCGGCUCACUGACCAUUCACCUGAGGUUUAGCACCAUGACAGCCGCUCACUGACCAUCACUGAGGUUUAACACCAUGCCAGCAGCUCUCGUGACCCAACUCACCUGAG